AAGAAUUUAUACACUGCAGUAUCAAAAGUUUAGGUUGGAAUCGCUAUGGUGGUAUUUUGGUUUCUAUUGGGUGUGUUGUUUCUGGGUUGUUCAGAUGGAGUGUAUGUACACACUGUGCAAACUAUCCACGAUUUCGGCCAGUGUAAGGAUAAGGACACUGUGCAAACUAUCCACAAUCUCGGCCAGGCAGGAAAAGAUCAGGCUGUAGCAUUUACUGCAUUGUUGUCGAAGGUAACAACAUUUGGCAGUAAAGGGGUUGUAAAGUAUGACAAAGUGCUGACCAAUGUAGGUGGAGCCUAUCGACCGUCCACGGGGGUAUUUGCCGCGCCCUAUAAGGGUAUCUACACCAUUUCCUGUAGCCUCAUGAGCAACCCAGUCAAUGCUGUCCACCUUAACAUCAUGAAGAAUGGCAAAGCCCUGUCUACGCUAUACUCUGCAUCUGGAACAUAUCCACUCGCUGCACAAACCCUGCAACUUCUUCUUGAAAAAGGAGACAAAAUAUGGAUUCAAAACGAAAACACGCAAACAGCUAAACUGCAUGACCAUGGCGCGUAUAAUGUCUUUUCUGGUGCUCUGAUUACAAGAAUGUAAAUAAACCUUGUUAUAAAAGUAAUUACUAGUAUUCUUAAUAUUGUUUUUUUUUUAUUGAUGAUGUUCCAGGAAAUUUUAAUUUUCUCUUUUGAAAACUGGAUAAAUACAAUUUACCGGUAAACCGAAAGCUAGUAAAAAUGAUUAUAAAGAUAAAAAGCGCAAGUUUUGGAAAUGGUUUUACUGGUGUUUUGUUGCUGAUGUUGUUUGAGAUUAAUCGUGUGUGCAAUCUUAACCA